CCCCGCCGCCUGCCCGCUGUCCGCGGCCCGGGCCGCCGCGUCGCCGCGCGUGGAAAGUGCGGACGCGAACCUGACGCGAGGGGCGGGGCGAGCGCGGGACAAAGGACGCGGACCCGGAGCGGCGGCCGCGGCGGCCCGCGGUGUCUCAGAUUCAUUCUUAAGGAACUGAGAACUUAAUCUUCCAAAAUGUCAAAAAGACCAUCUUAUGCCCCACCUCCCACCCCAGCUCCUGCAACACAAAUGCCCAGCACACCAGGGUUUGUGGGAUACAAUCCAUACAGUCAUCUCGCCUACAACAACUACAGGCUGGGAGGGAACCCCGGCACCAACAGCCGGGUCACGGCAUCCUCUGGUAUUACGAUUCCAAAGCCCCCCAAGCCACCAGAUAAGCCGCUGAUGCCCUACAUGAGGUACAGCAGAAAGGUCUGGGACCAAGUAAAGGCUUCCAACCCUGACCUGAAGUUGUGGGAGAUCGGCAAGAUCAUUGGUGGCAUGUGGCGAGAUCUCACUGAUGAAGAGAAACAAGAGUAUUUAAACGAAUACGAGGCAGAAAAGAUAGAGUACAAUGAAUCUAUGAAGGCCUAUCACAACUCCCCCGCAUAUCUGGCCUACAUCAACGCCAAGAGCCGCGCUGAGGCGGCGCUGGAGGAGGAGAGCCGGCAGAGGCAGUCGCGCAUGGAGAAGGGCGAGCCCUACAUGAGCAUCCAGCCCGCAGAGGAUCCCGACGAUUACGACGAUGGCUUUUCCAUGAAGCACACGGCCACCGCCCGAUUCCAGAGAAACCACCGCCUCAUCAGCGAAAUUCUCAGUGAGAGCGUGGUGCCUGACGUCCGCUCCGUUGUCACCACAGCAAGAAUGCAGGUCCUCAAGCGCCAGGUCCAGUCCCUCAUGGUCCACCAGCGGAAGCUGGAGGCCGAGCUCCUCCAAAUAGAGGAGCGACACCAGGAAAAGAAGAGGAAGUUUCUGGAGAGCACGGACUCGUUCAACAACGAGCUGAAACGGCUGUGCGGGCUGAAGGUGGAGGUGGACAUGGAGAAGAUCGCCGCAGAGAUCGCCCAGGCGGAGGAGCAGGCCCGCAAGCGGCAGGAGGAGCGGGAGAAGGAGGUGGCCGAGCAGGCAGAGCGAGGCCAGGGCAGCCUAGCCCCCGAGGAGGAGCAGGCAGCCAGCAAAGCUGAAGAGAAGAAGGAUGAGGAGGGCGUCCCGAUGGAGACGGAGGAGACGCACCUGGAAGAGGCCACAGAGAGCCAGCAAAAUGGCGAGGCAGGCACAUCCACGCCCGAGGACAAGGAGAGCGGCCAGGAGGGCGUGGACAGCCUGGCGGAGGAGGGGACCAGCGACAGCAGCACCGGCUCGGAGAGCAACGGCGCCACCGUGGAGGAGCCCCCCACAGACCCCCUCCCGGAUGAUGAGAAGAAGGCAUGAAUGUCACCUUGGUUAGGGUCCUAACGCUUUUUUAAAUGAAAAAACAAAGUUUUCCGGUUUUAACGGUGUUCCGUGGUCCGUGUAUUAAUUUUUGUCUUGUCCGUGUCACACCUCGCACCACCAAAGGCUUCCCGUCCCCGCGCUGUGAGGACGUGCUGCCCUGUGGUCUCUCGCCUGGCCGGUGGCCGAGGGCCCUGAGUCCAGGCCAGGGUGCCUGCCUGUCCCACUCACUCGGUGCUGCCCAAAGCCAUAGCUUUAAACUGGCCCAGCCCAGCCAGGCCGGGCUCCCUGUCCCCUACCGUGUGUGUGUUCCCCUCCCUCUGGUGGCGUCACCCUCCCGCGCCAUGCCCCAGGUGGAACUGGCCCAGAUGCAGACUCGGGGUCUGUCCCUGGCGCAGGAGCUCCAGGAACACAGCUCGCACACACUGUGGCCCGUGCCCUGCUCUGUUUCAUCCUGGAUGCACCUGAUAACUUCAUCCCCAUUGUAUGGGGAGGGGAGGGUGUUUCUUUUACCCAGGUUUUCCAAAGAGAGUAGAUGACAGGUGUCCUGAGGAGUGGGGCUUUUCAGAACGGACUAAAGAGCUGCAGAACAAGGAGCCCACUGCCGAAGAAAAGCAGCUGCGAACUCGGUUCGUCCGUGUGAAACUGUCUUACAGUUCUCAAAACACGCAAACCUCAAGGCUCAGGCCCUUAGGUCAGAGCCGACCUUUUUGAUAAAAACUCAAUAAAGUCUUGAGACUAGACGUGAGAUAGUUUGUAAUGUGUGUGCCUCCUGAAGACUAGAGUAGAUUUGUACUGCAAAGUGGUCUGACAGUCUAUGUUUCUUAAAGGUCCAAACGUAAUAAAUAGAGAAAACAAA